AGUGGAGGAAGAGUAAAGAAAAAUUGAAGAGUAGAUGAAUUAUGUAUCAAAACAUUGAUUUCUCACUUGACAAUGGUGGCUUUGGUAGAUAGAAAGCAGGGAGGGGUGAAUGUGUAUAACCAUAUCAAUUAUUCAUAAAUGUUUGCUGGGUGUAUCUUGAAAGUUGCUGGCAGGGAACAUCUCUGAAAGAACAAUUCUAAUGGGACACGCCAUUGUUUCUCGUAGAACUACAUCGUCGACUUAGAGAAGGAACUUUCGGACAUGGUAAAAAUGAUGUUUGGCAGCUAGGCAUGCUGCACUGUAUACUACCGGAAAACAUAUAUGAUAAACAUGUAUACAUUUAACCCUCAUCUUAGCUGUGUGCUUAUGUCUAGAUCUACAGCCCGUGAUUGAAGGCUUUCUGAUGAUCGUUCAUAACAGGGAUGAAACUUUCUUAACACAGCUUGGGAAAAUGUUCUUUCCGCCAGCUAAUUAAGAUGGUCCCUAACAGGAACACGACUCAUAGCUGUUCCACCGAGCAGACUACCGAGGCCAAUAUAGCGCCACAAGAGUCGGAGAUCGAAGCGGUCCUGUAUAUAGUGGUAACUUUGUUAUUUUAUUCGCUGGGUAUUAUCAUUGGAAUUAUUCUGUAUUUGAAGAGAGAGAAGCAGGAGAUCGAGGAGGAUAAAGUAUAUGACGAGUUUUUAUCUUACGCAGAAGAUCCGUAUACGGCUCUGCGGUAUGCGAGGGUACAGCAAGUAGUAGCGAGACUUAAUUACUUGGAACAGCAGAAGAAAAGGAGGGAAAGGGUCUCAGCAGACAAAAAGUUAUCAAUAAUGGACGACAGGCGGGCGAAUUGUGAGAAUGUUACAAAAGUGAAGGAUUUGAAUGAGGAUAGUAAAAAAGUUGGGUAUCCGCCUAAAAUGUGUGAUCAAGAUUGUGAUUUUGUCGAUGAAGGUGAAGAGACAGGGGAUUACAAUGUGUUCGAACAAGACGGGGAAUCGAUCACUGCCGUCGUUGCCAAAUUAAUAGAUCCGGAAAAAGAUAAAUAUCUACUCGAGGAUUCAAUUGAAGACAAUGUUAAAGUAGGCAUUCCAACUUCGAGUUCAUUGCAGUCCAUUAAAGAUUAUGAAGAGGAGCCGCGGCGAAGUGAACGAUCUUCUGUGUCGUCUGCAAGUGAAGAAAAUGUGUCUGGUGAAGAAAAAACUAGAUUGAUGAGUGAAAACGACUCUGUUUUUGAAGACGCUACAGAACAAAAACAAAAGAAAAUCAAAGGUUGCAUCGUCACAAACGUUUAGCAGUAAGAAACAGACGUGUGGAUGCGAGAAGUCUAGAAAAUUCAAUUAUCAUGCAAUGUAUUCCAUGGGAAUGUAAUUUGUUUACGACGUUUUUAUUACUCGUAUGAAUUCAACAGGGCACUGAUAUUAUUGAUUGGGUACAGAUGUAAGAGAAAUUAUUGUUUGUUGUAUGGUUUUCAAGUUGACCUCUGUGAGACAACAUUUUCAUCGAAUAACGAUAUAAACUCGAUUAGCAAGUAGACCUCAGACGAAAUCACUCCUAUUUUGUACUUGUAUUUUAUUUUCCAUGUUUUGUAAAACAGUAUUGAUAUUUGCACGAUUUUUACAAGUAAAAGUGAAAUAGUCAUAGAAUCGACUUGUACGCUUAAGGAAUUUGACAGAUUGGAGUCAUGUAAAAAUCACAUUCAAAUUUUAUCCUUUCCAUGAUACUAGUAUAAUAUUUAAU